AUGUGGCCUCUAAGAGUAUAUACCCGCAAGAAGCAAGCUUGCCAAAGGCUCAACCUAACGCCUACUCCGGACCUAAGCGUCCCCGCGAAGAUGGAGGCCCCACCAGGCCCAGACCGCGGGCUCGUUGCCCACCGUAAGCCCCGCGGGCCCGGCCUAUGGGGUGGGAUCUGGGGCGGCUGGGCCUUGGCCCAAGAACCUCAAAUCCCGCGGGUGGAGCUCCAGGACUGUAGCCCUGAAACGUGUCGUCUUCUCGCAGGCCUGAAAGGGAAACGGAAAGCUCGCGGUUUGCCGAAGGUCAUGGAGAAAGAGGAGCACAGCGGACCAGGAGAGAGCGGCUGUGGGUCGCUGAGCAUUCAGUUAAGAGUUACAGGAGAGGAACACUUGAAAGCAAAUAGCUCGAGUGAAGAAAGCCAGGAGGAGAAUGCUCCAUUGAGUGAGUCAGUGACUGAUUGUCUCCAGGCUGAUAGUAGUUCAUCAAAUAGCGAACUAAUAUCAGGACUAAGUUUUCAGCAUGAUAGUUCCAGUUCUCUUCUGAGUCAUUCAAUCACAGACUCUUAUACAGAAUGCAACAGUUUUGAAGAGAGUUUAAGUAGCUUCCCAUCACCUGAACUGUUCAGAGGGCCAGGUUAUUUAGAUUUGGAGCAUCUCAAGUUGGAAGACCACAUGCAGUACAGGAAUUCCACUCUUCUGGAUAGCAGUAAAGCAGUAGCAAUAGAAAAGGCACCACAGUUUUCAAACCUCUCUGCCAUUUUAGGUGCAUCUUCAGAAGACUAUCAGAAAUGCCACAAAAGAACGGUGGUGGCAUUAGCAGACCAAAAUCUCUUUUCAGAAUCAAAGAGUACUUCAAAUUUAGAAACAGCUAAUGCAUCUUGUGAAGUUUUACUUGCUGAGAAAACGUGCCCUCCAGCCCCUGAAAAAACAAAGAAAAAAAAAACAAAUUCCACUGUUCCUGAUAAGAAAAGCAGAGGCCUGUUAACAAGUACUCCAUCUUCACAGACAAGUAGUUUUGCGAUUCCUUCAAAUACACCAGAAAUGUGUUGUAUUAUUAGGGCAUCACCAGGAACUAGAAAAGCGAAAAUUAAAGCUGUUACUGUAAAGAAGAAAUACUCCCCUUGUAAAGAUAUUCCCCAAGUUGGCAUUAUGCUAGUUAAAGAGAAAAAAGUUGGUGGAAAUGAACCACUAGAAGAGUACAACAGAGAUGUGUGA